CUAAUUUUGGCACAUUUGCGUGUGAAAGGCCACCACGGCAGGAUGGGGGUCGCCGACCUGCUUCCGAAGCUCAAGAGCAUCAUCUCCAUGACGCACAUUAGCAAGUACCGUGGGAAGCGCGCAGCCAUCGACGCCUCGGGCUGGCUGUACAAAGGCGCGUACACGUGCGUGGUCGAGCUCGGCCUCGGCACGCUCGAGAGCGAUCCCAUCGGCGAGUACACUGAAGGCGAGGCAACAGCGCCGUACAUUAGCUACUGCCUCGCGCGUCUCGAUCUGCUGCUGGAGCACGACAUCACGCCGACCUUUGUCUUUGACGGUGCGACUGUGCCGGCAAAAGCGGCGACGAACCAGAAGCGCCGCGCCGACCGCGAGGCAUAUCGAAACCAAGGUAUCGAGCUCCACGCCGCCGGCAACUCGGGCAAGAGCUUCUCGGCGUUCUGCAGGUCGCUUCACGUGACGCGGGCCAUGGCGCGCAAGCUCUUUGUGACGCUGCGAGCCAAGCACCCGAGUGUACGCUGCCUUGUCGCGCCGUACGAGGCCGACGCGCAGCUCGCGUUGCUCUCGAAAGAGAAGCUCGUCGACGUCGUCUUCUCGGAAGACAGCGACUGCAUUCCGUACGGCUGCAAGACGGUCUUCUUCAAGCUUGAGAACACGGGAUAUGGGGAAGAGUUUCGCCGGCGGUACUUGGGCGCCAACGAAGACAUUACUUUCACGGGCUGGAGCGAAUUCAUGUUUGUGCAAUUUUGCAUUCUAUCGGGCUGUGACUAUUGCCCGACACUCAAGGGCGUCGGGCCCGCCGCAGCCCACGCCCUUGUGGCGGCCCACCGAACACCGACGCGGAUCCUUGCGGCGCUGGAAGCAACGUACAAGGACUUUUCGCCGUCCUUUCGGCAAUCGUACCUCGAGGCCAUCCUCACGUUUCGCCAUCAUUUGGUGUUUGACGAGACGCGACAAAAGUGCCGCAUGCUCAACCCGCUGAGCGUCUCGACCGAGGUGCUGGCUCUUCAUGGCGGAAGCCUCUCGUGUCUUGGCCGCGUCGACCUGCCCGAUGCGGUUGUCGUUGGAGUUGCCAACGGCGCCUUGAACCCCAACACGCACACGCCCGAGCCCGUCGAUCCUCGCAAACGACGUAGCGUGGACGGCGAAGCACCGGCGUCCAAGCGGGCCCGCGCGGUGUAGUGCUAGCAGUUAAAUGAUGCAAGUGAUUACAUGGGUGUUGCUUCAUAUUACA